AUGAGUGGUUGUUACUCUGGAAGUAUGGCAAGGUUGCAAGAACGGCAACCACUAGCACUCUUUUUCCACUGCGGAUCACAUGCUUCCAAUCUUGUAAUGCAACAUGCUGUAACAUCUUGUCAAUUAAUUCGAGAUUCCCUGCAGUGGUUGAAUGAGCUAGGUGUGUUUAUGAAAAGGUCUGGCAAGUACAAAGCGAUAUUCCUGACAAUUUGUGAAUCAACCGAAAAUGAAAAUCUGCAUGCCACAGCGAUCAAGCCCCUUUGUGCCACCAGGUGGUUAUGCAGACUAGCAGCCAUACAGUCAGCAUUCGAUCAGUGCCCUGCUAUUCUCCAAAGUUUGGAAGAAAUGGCACGUGGCGAAACGGACACUGCAGCCAAAGCAAACGGUCUACUUGAUCGGUUUCAGAAGGGAAAAGUCUUUCUCGGACUGAAGAUGGCAGCUAAGCCAGAGGCGAUCCUGGAACAGUUGAAUAGCGCACUUCAAGCAAAGUCAGCAAAUGUCUCUGGAAUGGUAGAAGCUGUUAAGACAUCAUGCGUCAGCGCACAGAUGAAGCAUUCCAUGAAUUAUUCUCUGCUGCCGAAGAAAAAUGUGAAGAAUACCAACUGGAUCCAUUGGAAGUGCCUCGGAUACCAGUCCCCCCAAGCCGAUACACUGGUGAAGCAGCUAAGUAUCGGCCUAACAGCUGUGAAGAAUACUACAGGGAGCAGUAUUUCGAGUUCAUCGAUGUCAUAG